AUGAUGUCAGCUUUCAACCAGUGGCUUCAGAUUCCCGACGAUAAGCUGGAUGUCAUCAAGCGCAUCGUCACACUGCUUCAUAAUGCAUCCCUCUUAAUUGACGACAUUCAAGAUUCCUCUAAGCUCCGUCGCGGGCUGCCAGUCUCUCACAGCAUCUUCGGAAUCGCUCAAACAAUCAACGCUGCCAACUAUGCAUUCUUUCUGGUUCAACAGGAGCUUCCCAAGUUGGGAGACCCGCGAGCGUACGAAGUAUUCACCGAGGAGCUACUGAACCUACAUCGCGGACAAGGUAUGGACAUUUAUUGGAGAGAUGCCUCCAUUUGUCCCACCGAACAAGAGUACUUCACAAUGGUCUCCAAUAAGACGGGGGGGCUGUUUAGGCUGGCAGUGAGGCUGAUGCAAUUGGCGAGUAAAUCCAACCGGGACUAUGUUCCCCUAGUCAACGUGCUGGGGGUCAUUUUCCAGAUCCGGGAUGACUACUUUAACCUCCAGAGCGACGCGUACAUUAAGAAUAAGGGAUUUGGCGAAGACCUUACUGAGGGGAAAUUCUCGUUCCCCAUUAUCCACAGCAUCCGCUCGAAUCCUGCAAACAUCCAGCUCUCCAGCAUCUUGAAGCAGCGAACAACGGACCCCGAUGUUAAGCUGUUUGCAGUUGAGUACAUUGAGUCGACUGGCUCGUUUGAUCAUUGCCGGCGAAAGCUUGCGGAACUGACUGCCGAGGCCAGAGCACUGGUGGAAAGCAUGGGCGACAGUUCCGAUGAACAUGUCAAGGUCAUUGACCACAUCUUGGGAAUGCUUGGACUUGAGGGAUGUGGGCUACCGCAACAGAGAACUGGUGCAUCGCAAGGCAGCUAA